AACAGAAUAUGUGCGGCUUCUCGAGUCUUCCAUAGAUCCAUUGGCUAACAACAACUCUUUCUUUUAGUCCUUUCGCUGCUUUCCUAAAGUCCGCGCCUUCCUUCUUCUCUUCUUCACAAAAAUUUCCAGUUCCCUUUCUCUUUUGUCUCAAUCAAAGGGGUUGAAUCUUCGCUGGUCGUUACUUCGUUUCCGAGAAUCAACGAUGACUCGUGGUAACCAGAGAGAUCGAGAUCGAGAAAGGGCUCAAGCCAGAGUAGCCAACAAAGGCAAGAAUGUCAAGGAUGAUGGGUUAACCCCUGAACAACGCCGUGAAAGAGACGCAAAGGCCUUGCAAGAAAAAGCGGCAAAGAAGGCGGCGCAGGCGGCUGCUGGAGGGAACAAUUCGGGCGGCGGUGCUGGAAGUAAAAACAAGAAAUAAUAAUGUAACGAUUUUGAGAUGAUUAAGGGUGGAGCGUAAAGAUAGUGUUUGUAUUAUGUCUGAUUGGGGAAUCAGAUCGUUGGGUUUCUAUGAGGAUUUCUGUGUCUUUGUCUGCGUCGUUUUAAGGUUAAAAACUUUUGGGCUGUUUGUUUAAGUGGCAUUAAUUGUUGAGUGUUGAUUUUUACAUGUUCUAUCACGUAUUUAGCAGUAUGCAAUUUGAUGCCUUUCUAUGUUUUAAACGGUAAUUGUCGAUUACCCUUCAAUAAAAAUCCCCUUCAUUUUUUAUCA